GCGGGGCCGAGCUGGCGAGCGGGUCUCCCAGGUGACAGCAAGGCCGGGCUGGCGGCAACGGCCUGUGAGGGAAGCAAGCGAUGGCAAAGGCGGCAGCGGCGGCAGCAGCAGCGGCAGCGGCCACGUCUGAGCGGGAGGCCGCGUCCGCCCUUGAAUGAAGGGAGACCGCGGUCGCCGAGGGAAGCGGCUCCCCCUCGGCUCGCGCCGCCGCCGUCGUGUCGCCUCUUCUCCCGCUUGGCGCUGGACAAGGUGAAGACUUUCACCAUGGCCAUUACACAGUUCCGUCUUUUUAAAAUUUGUACAUGCCUGGCGGCAGUACUGUCUUUUUUUAAGCGCUUAAUAUGCAGGACUGGAAGAGGGCGAAAGCUUAGUGGAGAUCAAAUAACUUUACCAACUACUGUGGAUUACUCAUUGGUUCCAAAGCAGUCAGAAGUAGAAGACUGGACUUCGUGGGAUGAAGAUGCACCUACAAGCGUGAAGAUUGAAGGUGGCAAUGGCGAUGUGGCCAAUCAGCAAAAUGGUUUGGAAGAAAUGGAGCCUGACUAUUUUAAGGACAUGACGCCAACAAUAAGGAAAACACAGAAAAUUAUUAUUAAAAAACGUGAACCCUUAAGUUUUGGGAACCAGGAUGUCAAUGCAGGAUUUUCUAGUAGAUUAGCAGCUACACAAGACACUCCUUUUAUUCAUCAAUCUCCAGAACUGGGAGACUUGGAGACAUGGCAGGAAAACAGAAAUGCUUGGGAAGAAGAGGAAGAUGCCUCCUGGCAAGCAGAAGAGGUUCUUAGGCAGCAGAAAAUAGCAGAAAGGGAAAAAAGGGCAGCUGAGCAACAAAGGAAGAAAAUGGAGAAAGAAGCACAGCGGUUAAUGAAGAAAGAACAAAAUAAAAUUGGUGUGAAGCUGUCCUAACAUCAUUUGCCUUGGUCUCACGGAGCCAGCAGUGGGGAGAGAAUUCAGCUUCAUCAUUUUGUAUUGAUCUCAGUAUUUUUAGAACUCCAGCUCACUACUUAUUUCAAAGCCAUCUUGGAAGAGACGGUUGGUUCUUCCAUAAAGCAACUGGACAGUUCAAACAACGACAGCAUCAUCCCAUUUAAUCCCAUCAAGGUGGGACAGUGUUUCCUGCAGAAGCCCUAUCCCCGUGCACUCCCACUGCGAGAAGAGCUGCUAUUUAAUAAACUCUUCAACUGCCUGUUUUGAAGCUAAAGGGAAAAAGGGUGUAAAUAAUUGAAUGAUGGCAAUCUACUCUAUUGUCUAUUAUGCUUAUUACAAGAAAGGUGUGUAAUUAAAUAAUUUUAAAGAA